AUGGCAGACUCGCCCAUUAUCUUCAAACGGACAAAAGGAAGGCCAGGACAGAGAACAAGGGACGUAUCUCCAGAAAGGGGACAAAAUGCUCCAGCAGCUGAACAAGGGGGCGGGGAAUCACCUAUAACAUUAGCAUCCAAGCUCAAGAGCAAAGCCAAGCGGACGAAACUCAAGUCAAAACUCAGUUUUGGAGAGGAAGAUGAGGAAGAGAGUGGGGACGCAUUUCAGAUCAAAAAAUCUAAUCUCAGUCGAAAGUUAACCCUCGGUCAACAUCCUGCACAAGCUCUCCCGGCGACACUUGAUCAAGCAACAAUAUCCACUAGAGUAAACGGGGCACCAGUGUAUGACCAGGCUUAUUUGUCCGAGCUUAAAGCUAGCACGCCAAGUAAUAGACCCCCCCAAUCUGCUGAUGAGUCCUAUAAUAUCGAUGCAUCAAUGGAAGUAGAGACCCUUUCAAUUGACACCCGAGAUAUACAUGGUGACAGUGACAAUGUGAUUCCCUCUGAAUCUUCAAUAAUAGCGGCCAAACAAAAGCGCGACCGCUUGCGUGCUGUAGGUCCGGAGUCUGACUACAUCUCGUUAUCAGUCACAAAGCGCGAUGAUCUGCCGCAAGGUCCUCAUCCUGAAAGCCGGUUAAUGCGGGAAGAGGACGAGUUGGGUGAAGGUGAAGACGAGUAUGCUGUAUACACCGGUGCACAAGAGAGAAUUGCACUUGGAAAAAAGCAAAAAAAAAAGGAGGCUUCAAAUCGAAGAGGCGCGAUGGUAGAGAUGAUAGCCGACGCAGAAGAGGAAGAUGAAGAAACUAUGGAGUGGGAACAGGAACAGCUGCGAAGAGGUGGUCAUACCGCGGCAGAUUUCAUGGCAAAGGCUCCAGAGAAGCAAGUAUACAAGGCUGCACCAAUACCACCCUCAACUGCCAUACCUGCCCUCGGACCCGCGGUGGAUCGUCUUGCUCAGUCCCUGGCAGCAUUGACUACAUCCCAUGCCAAGAACACUGGCACGAUGUCGUCAUUGGCAGACGAACUUGAUCAGCUGAGUUCUCGAGAGACAGAAUUGAGGACAAUGAUUAAUACGGCUGAAGACAAGAGGAGCUGGUUUGUUGCGUUCAAAGAACGAAUAGAGAGCAUUGCCACGUUUCUCGAUGAAAAAUUCCCCCAAUUGGAAAAACUUGAGGAUGAACAUGUCUCGAUCCUCGGGGAGCGAUGGGAUAUGUUUAGCCAGCGACGGCGUGCUGACGAUGAAGAUGAUCUAUCUUUUGUGUUCGGCAUUCUCCCUGUUCAGGUUCAGCCAGAGUCAGAUGAAACCGAUGAGCUCGGUCGUAUUGUACCUAGAUCUAAUCCCGCGGUGCUGAGGCGCGAGCGACAAGGCGCCCGUAUCUCUCGUCGUACUCGAAGACAGUCCAAGGCACCGCCUAGUCAAGUAAAACAAGAGGAAGAAGGAUAUUCAACUGAUUCGUCUCUGCCUCCGUCAGACUUUGAGGAUUAUAGAACUGCUAUGCAAAGAUUACUGACUGACGGCCAGAGUAUCCUGUCAGACGUUCGCGCCGACGAAUUCAAAGAUCCCAGAUUGGGACUAGCUAAGUGGUUUGGUGAAUGGCGCGGGCGUUUCGCCGAUAGCUAUACAGGUGCCUGGGGUGGCCUUGGUCUGGUAGGCGCUUGGGAGUUUUGGGUUCGUUUAGAAGUUCUUGGCUGGAAUCCUUUCGAGGUGUCGAAAAGCUUAGACGAGUUUACAUGGUACUCGUCCUUGUAUGACUACUCUCGGCCACACGAUAAAGACGACGAAGAGCCAGAAUUGGGUCCAGACGGUGAUUUGGUCUCAGCAAUGACCUCGACAGCUAUCGUGCCUCGCGUAUGUAAGUUGAUUGAAGGAGGUGCUUUCGAUCCGUAUUCGGAUAGAGAUACUCGGAGAAUAAUAGACCUUACUGAACAAGUGGAGGCUUCCAUUGGAGAAGAUAACCACAAGUUCCAGAUGAUUUUGAAAUCUGUAUAUACCGUCUUCGAGUCUGCCGUUAUCGCCACGGAAUCCCUAUUGGCUCCUUUUAUCGCGCAAAACAGGCCGGCUUUCGACCCCGAAGCAGUUCCUGCGCGUCAGCGCUUUUUGUCUCGUAGAAUCAAGCUUCUAGAGGCAAUUGUACGUUGGAGGAAGUAUACUCGGGAGAAAUUUGGUAUUGGUGAGUUAUGCGCAAAGCUAGUGAGGAAUUGUAUAUUGCCUGUUGCAGAGAGUGGCUGGCAGGUAGGAGGGGAAGAAAAAUAUCGCACUGGCUAUAUUGCCACACGAGUUUGUUCAUUCAGUAAAGUCUUAUUUGGUCUCCUGACCGCAGCACCACCAAUGUAUAAUUUGUUCACUCUUCUCAAACCUAUCUCGUAA